AUGUUGACGUUUCCUAUCAAAUCACAGAUCGCUACGCUCUCAAGAGCCGUUAAUGGUUCAACCAAUACGAAAUAUCUCAUAAGCUCCUUACCAUUGCAAUUUGCCCGUGGUAAGCGUACCAAAAGAACCGUCACAGUCAGUGCCGGGACGCAAAGAAUCAUCACACAGCUCUCUGUCAUCUCAGCUAGAAAGAAAGUACCACGUGUUCUCAAACUAAGCAACGAAGAUCUGAUCAGACAUGACACUGUGCAGAGAGCAUGGACUCUUUUCCAACGUGAAAAGAGACAACAGCAAGAUGAACAACUGUCGAAGCAGUACGAUUCCAUCAUCAAUGCUUUAGAGGACUUGAAGGCGGUUGCUCCAGAGCUUUACGCGGUAGCAAACAAGAAGGAGAAGGGUAAGAGAUUCCCACUGGAGGCUAGAAUUCCAGUGGACUACCCUCCAAACAAAAUAUGGUACUACGACGUUGCUAAGGACGAGUCCAAAUGA